CCCCAGAUAUCUGAAUUUCAGGGGUACAGAGUUCAAUAAUCUCACAUAUAAGUUCAUGAAAUCUUCAAAUUUAACGUUCCUUGGCAAAAAGAUUAUUCAUAAGUUUUAUAUCUAUGUUAUUUAGCAAAUAAAAUUAGCUUCACAUCUAUGUAUGUGCGCGAAACUGUAUAUUAAUCCUUUCUGAGUGUUGCACAAUAACUUGCUCAAUUUUUGUUUCUGCAAUUAUUUUGUUAUAAAUGCUAUGCAGUUGUGGAAAUGGCGGAGCGAUUUGCAUUCUUUGGAGUUACAGGGAAUCUGGUAAAUUACCUUAACAAUGUGCUGGGAAUGACAAUAUCUAGUGCGGCUAAGAGCUUUAAUGUUUGGCUUGGAGUUUCUACUGCAGUAUUUCCGGUGUUAGGUGCCUUCAUUGCUGAUUCCUACCUUGGCCGUUUCAAAACUAUACUUUACUCCUCCAUUAUAUAUCUCGUGGGACUUGUUCUGUUAACAGUCUCAGUAUCAGCAAUCUCACUAGUCCAUCGAAAACCGGUAUUCUUCUUAGCACUUUACAUACUAAGUGUGGGACAAGGCGGCCACAAACCAUGUGUUCAAACAUUUGCUGCUGAUCAAUUCGACGAAAGUGUCCCUGAGGAGAAGUUAGCAAAGAGUUCAUUCUUCAAUUGGUACUACUUGGGGGUUUCGCUUGGAGCAACUUUAGCAAUUGUGUUUGUAAUAUAUGCACAAGAGAAUAUCGGAUGGGCCAUUGGGUUUGGAAUGCCGUUGAUAGCCAUUGCAGGUUCACUUUUCAUAUUCUUAAUUGGACAAAAAACAUAUAAGAGAGCUGUACCUGUAGGCAGUCCAUUCACUAAAUUUAUGCAAGUUCUGGUUGCUGCCGUUAGAAAACGUCAUGUUUCUGAAGUGCAUGAUGGUAGAGGUGUGUGCUAUCAGGAUGUUGAUCGUACUGCUCCAGCGUUGGCUCGUACUAAUCAAUUUAAAUUCUUAGAUAAGGCCAUGAUAAUUGAUGAGAUAGAUGCUUCAAGGCAGACAAGAAAUGAAUGGAGACUAUGUUCUGUCAAUCAAGUAGAAGAAGUGAAGCUUAUUUUUCGGCUGUUCCCAGUAUGGAUUAGUUGUUUCAUGAUUGGUGUUGUUAUUGGUCAACAAAGCACAUACUUCACCAAACAAGGCAGCACAAUGGUUAGGCACUUCAAGAUACCUCCUGCUACAUUACAAGUCGUCUCCGGCUUUACCAUCCUCACUGCUGGUGCAAUCUAUGAUUGUUUCUUCGUUCCAGUGGCUCGAAAAUGGACCAAGCAUCCCUCUGGAAUUACAAUGCUGCAAAGAAUGGGAAUCGGGAUUUUUAUUUGUGUGAUCUCAAUGGUAGUGGCAGCUCUAGUAGAGUCCAAAAGGGUUGGCAUUGCCAGAAAACAUGGCUUAAUGGAUACACCAAAGUCGGUAGUCCCUAUGGCGAUUUGGUGGCUGGUUCCACAGUACAUGCUUUGUGGACUUGCUGAUGUGUUUGCAGUUAUUGGAAUGCAAGAAUUUUUCUAUAAUCAGGUGCCAGAGGUGAUGAGAAGUAUGGGGGCAGCAUUUUAUCUCAGCGCAGUUGGGGUUGGGAGCUUUUUGAGCAGCGCGUUGAUAACAGUUGUGCAGAUUAUUAGCUCAAAAAAUGGUAAAGUGGAAGGUUGGCUGUCUGGUAAUAAUCUUAACAGAGCUCAUCUUGAUUAUUUCUAUUGGAUUUUGGCUGGAUUGAGUGGCUUAACUUUGUGCUUUUAUAUUUGGGUUGCUAGAGGAUUCGAGUACAAGAAGAUUGAAUGUAAAAAUGACAUGGCUACUGAGGCCUAAACCAUAGACCUAAAAGAUCAGCAAGGUGGUUCUCGAACUUGUACCAAGAAUAAUCAACCACUUUGUAAUG